UCUGAAUCUCUUUUUCUUUCAUUCUCUGUUUUCAGAAAGUUAAAAAUAUUUGUCUUCCUAUUUCACUUUUAUUUUGAUGCAUUACUAUAGAGCCUCGAUUCUAGAUGUACUUUGAGAUUCAUGUCUCCAGUAAUCAGUGAAGUCCUUCUUUCUGGUUUUACAAUUAAUUCAACACUUCGUCGUGGAACUCACUUAGUCCAAUCCUUCUCUGUUGCCUUCCUCUACUGGUUCUACGUGUUCUCAUGAAACUACCUUCCCAUUUAAUUUCCUCUCCCUAACUUAUUAUUAAGCUCCAUCAAAUACCUAUAACCUCAAUUCUAAUUUAGCUAUUAUUACUGAUACUUACAACUUAUACAUAUUUUAUUCAGUUUUAACGUGUUAGAUUACAAGUAUUAUGGCUUCUCCUAGUGGAACUUCUUCAGGGUCAGAGGAUCUACAGCAACUAAUGGAUCAAAGGAAACGCAAAAGAAUGAUAUCGAACAGGGAAUCAGCAAGAAGAUCAAGAAUGAAGAAGCAGACGCAUUUGAAUGAAUUAAUGGUUCAAGUGAAUCAACUCAAGGAUCAAAAUAAACAAAUUGUGACUAACAUAAAUAUGGUGACUCAGGUUUAUUUGAAUGUGGAAGCAGAUAACUCUGUUCUCAGAGCCCAAAUGGCAGAAUUAAGCAACAGGCUUCAGUCUUUAAACGAGAUAAUAAAUUGCAUCAACUCAGCAAAUUCAACAAUUGAUGAAACAGAGGUUAUUGGUGAAGAUGAUUUCUUGAAUCCUUGGAAUUUGCUACAUGUGAAUCAACCAAUCAUGGCUUCUGCUGAUGCCUUCAUGUACUGAUUUAUCAUUUAAUAAGGCAUUGAAAAAUCAAUUAAAGAAAGAAGAUAUUGUUGUUUGUGGACUCUUUGGCUUGGCUCUAGAUGAAGGCGUUUGGUUAGGUUCACUAAUAAAUAAUUGUAUCUCAUAGAAUAGAGAAAUUUUGAAAAAUGAUGGUGUGACGCCUUCUUGGUUUGUAAGUGGGUCACUGCUACUAGGUUCCUUGUCUCUUUUGUUAUAUUAUUAAGAGUAAUUCAAUAGGUCUCUUGUUGUGUAA